AUGUUUGUGUUCAACAAUGAAGGAGGACUGACGUCGACGGCGAUGCAGUUGCGCUACAUGGGGCAGCUACGCUCGUGGCUGCUGCUGCUGGACUCGUGGCCGCAGCGAGCGAUGCGCGAGCGCCGCCACGCGCUGCCUCUGCGUCACAACAGAUUCCUCUUCGCGCUCUGGAGUUCCACCAUCGUCCUGCAGGCCCUCUACAUUCGCAACAAUAUGGCUGUCAUGUCCUUCGUAGAGCUCGGACACACCUACAUCACAAUGUUCAUGACAAUUAUCGACUGCCAACGCGUUACUUUAAUUUGGACGAAAGCAUACCAAGAGGUUGGAAAAGAGUUUGUAACGAAAUUUCAUUUAGUCCACCACAGGCAGAUGUCAGACCACGCUGAAAAGAUGUACAAGCAAGUGCACCGUAUCUGCUCAAUCUUCGUCAACGUGGUGUACGCGCAGAUGAUAAUCGCUGCAUUCCUGUUCAACUUGAUUCCGCUGCUGCACAACUACUCGUCGGGCAUGUUCAGCAGCAUGCAUCCAGCAAACGGCACCUACGUGCAUUCCGUUUACUAUGAGUUGCCAUUUGAUUACACCACCAACUUUAUCGGCUAUCUGGCUGUUUUCAUCGCCAACUUUAUACUUACGUACGACGCGGGGAGGUGCUUCCUAGUAUUUGACAUGUAUCUGUCAGUGAUAGUGUUCCACGUGUGGGGACACCUACGCAUCUUGGAGCUUCACCUGCAGCACUUCCCGCACCCCGCCGACUUCGCCGCUGCCGCCCGCUACACUGACGAGGAGUCUCGGACAGUCCAGCACAUCUUAAUACAGUUGAUAAAACAUCACAAAUCGAUAGUGGAUCCAAGUAUUGCUCGUCUCGUGGAAAAGCAACUGUCUGUGCCCUGCUACAGAUUCAUGCGACAGUUGUCGUCGGCGUUCGGCCCCAUGCUGGCGGCCUACCUCACCUUCCACCAACUCUGCGGCUGCCUCCUGCUACUCGAGUGCUCCAGCCUGGAUUCAGAGGCACUGGGGGAGUACGGGCUGCUAACGCUUGUGUUAUUCCAGCAGCUGAUACAGAUCUCCAUCGUAUACGAACUAAUCGGAUCACAGAGCGAGAAAGUGAAGAACGCGGUGUACGCGCUGCCGUGGGAGUGCAUGGACGCGCGCGGUCGUGGGUUGCUGCUGUUCUUCUUGCAGAACGUGCAGGAGCCCAUCACCCUCAAGGCCAUGGGUGUCGUGUCCGUCGGCGUGCAGACCAUGGCUGGGAUCCUAAGAAGGUCCGCGUCAUAUUUUAUAAUGUUACGCACUGUAGAUCUCUGA